AUGAGAAACAUACAGCUAAAAUCAGUGCUGGAAACUCUAGGACUCCGAGUGGUCAACGAAAAUCAAACUGAAUCGCUUCUGCAAUGCAUUGACUACCUGACGGAAAACAUUUCCUUCUUCGGACUGUUCCUCUCGGCCGGAAGUCUAGAACACCUGGAACGAAUCUAUAAGAAAAUCGAAUCCGGCAGUUACAAACUGUACGACUAUCUUAUUCAAACAUCUGCCCCGCGAGAGUGCGCCAUGGCUGUCCACCGAUUCAUAAGAUCAUAUAAAAUCUCCAUCCUCCCGGCGAGAGCCCUUAAUUUACUCUGUGCCAGAAACGACGGAAUUCCCCGGCGCUUGGUUGCACUGGAUGCACUCAAUCUGCUACAACAUGAAUCAUCCGGCAUGAGAUGGCAGUUUGCCCGGGCGUACCUGGACAUGAUGCAGCAGCUAACUUUGAGGGGAUAUCUCACUCCGCACGAGAUUCGAAUCGUUAUCAGCCCCUAUCUAGCGGUUCCGGUUAUAUUCCCCGGUAGAAGUUCGCUGCGGAACGUGGCCGCCAAAUCGGCCACUCUGAUGGAAAUGUUUUUGAGUGCCCAUCUGUUGGACGAUCCGGAAGCGCUUUCAGCGGAACUACACAAGGAAAUUGCGAAACUUCAUCGUCGUCGGAGGAUGGUUUCACGAGCCGAGGAAAGUGAAUGAGGCCGUAGGUAAUUUGCAUGCUAUGACAAAUGUUUCAAUUAGAGGGGAACCUGUUAUCGUCGUGCUAUCUGUUUGGAUUGCUGAUAAAAAAAAAAUCCAGACCGUGUUGAAUGAACAUUCCUUUGCCUUGACACAUUUGGGAGCUAAUGAUUCAUAUAAGAAAGCGAACGACACGCUUGUUACUCCCUAGUCAAUGAACGGUUUAUUGAAGUUUGCACAUAAUAUCUUACUGAUAAGGGGACAUUGUUGAACUAAGCCACCGACAAUUGUGUGUUAAGUAUCUUUUCUAAAGCUCAACUUUUUCAACUCACUCAUUCCGGAGCAAGCUGUUCAAUUGGAUGCAUUUUUUACGGGGGAAAAAUUUCUUUUAAAUCUUUACAAAACGUUAAUCAUGGUGUUUAAAUUGUGUUGCGGAAGUAAGAGUUACAACAUGGAGAGUACACCCGCGAGCAGCGUAAAUAAAACGGCAACCGCAAGUAGUUCAGCAGUGAUAUCUCAGCCUGGUUUCAAAACGAAGAAUCCUGACGACGCACCUGCUGAUCCGAGCAACGGAAAUCAAACGAGCUGACAGGAUAUGCUUUUGUGUGAAAACUAUAAUUCAGUGCUUCUGUGUUCAGUGGUUCUGAACAAUGAAUUAAAUUUAUUUUGUUUUUUUAAAAUAAUCUGCCGGUUGUCUUCCAAUGAAUUAUAAUCCAUUGAUUGCAAAAUAUAUAACGCCUACCGGAGACGAGUGCCUUUAUCGUAUAAUAUUACAUAGUGUCAUUUAAUAUACUGGCCACUA